AUGACACAACAUUUUCACUGGACUUACCUAAAGGACUGCUAUCCCAAUGGCACUAUUGACUAUGUGAACUUGAACACAUCCAGCAACAUCAAUGUUCCGGGACGAUGGGUCAUUCCAGCCUCAUUUGAUUUCAGCUUCAGCUGCUCGUAUCCAGAUGAACCUACUGCCACACCUUUGCCCCAGGGAGACAAACCUACGGUCACACCUCAGCAACAGCAAGAUGAACCUGUCACACAUCAGCCACAGCAAGCUUAUAUAGGCAAUGUGAUUUGCUCUGAGAGCUUCAUGGCCAUUGAAGUGAACAAAACACAGUCAGAAGAAAUCAGAAUCCACGAGGACCACUUGAGGCUGAACGACCCAUCCUGCACCCUCUACUCCAAUGGCACUCAUGUCUUUGCCAACAUGUCUCUGAACACCUGUGGGACUGUCAUGGAGGAGGAUGCCACCAACAUGAUCUUCAAGAAUGAAAUUGUGUCUGUUGAUAACCCAAAUGACAUCAUAACCAGGCAUCAUCUGGUGAAAAUAGAGUUCUUCUGCAAGUACCCUAAGAAAAGCAACGUCAUCCUGGAGUUUAAUGUCCACAGAAACCCAUACACAUUCAUUCAAAAAGGAUUCGGCACCUUCAGUUACCAGUUUGAGUUCUUCCAGUCUAGUCAGUUUCGGAAUCUGCAGGACCCUAGCUCCUACCCUCUAGAAUAUGACCUCGGGGAAAUGAUGUACAUGCAAAUUGAAGGAAUCUCUCCAGUCAACAACACCGAGCUCUUUGUGGAAUCAUGCAAGGCCAGUCCCAGUGAUGACCCCAACGCCCAUGUCUCCUACUCGAUCAUCAGUGAUGGAUGCAAUCAAGACGAAACCGUGCAAUUCUACUCCAGUCAUGGCAAUGUUGUCAGGUUCGGAAUGAAGGCUUUCAAGUUCAUUGGAUUGCAUGAUCAGGUCUUCAUCACAUGCUCGGUCAUCCUGUGUGAGGCUGGCAAUCCCAACACCAGGUGUUCCCAGGGCUGUAGCAACACCACUGCUGCACCUGCAGUGCACCACCACCACAGGAGAGAGGCAUCUGCUGCACCCAUCCAGACCCUCAGACACUACAUCUCCCAGGGGCCCUUGCGGCUCAGACGGAGCACCAACAUGAGGGAUGCUACAAGCACAGUAGCCACCGAUGGUUUGAACAUGAACCUGGUGUUCGUUGUUGGAUGCCUGCUGGCAGCUGUGAGUGUACUGAGUGGAGUUCUGUUCUACACAAAGCGAGCCAAGGUGGUGUAUCAGCCUCUGCCAUCCUUUGAUGGUGAAUGAAGGUGACCUCAAGGCACAGCUAUCUUUUUUCCCAUGGGAUCACAAACUUCCUUAUACUGCUGUUGAUUUUAAAAUGUAAUUUGGGAAUCGGGUUAACUCUUUCUGGCUUAAUAAAGUAUUACUGAAUCACAUAAGAGCACACAGGUGCCAAGAGGGCUAGUGGCAGUUGAAAACCGCUGUAUGGUUAACGUGUUCAGAUCAUGAGAUGGUCAAGCUUGUAUACACCUUGUUCUUGUAAUUGAGUUACUGGUUUUAUGUUUUAGUAAUUAAUAUAAAGAAUAAUUAAUAGGAAUUUACUUCACAUACUGUAUAUGAUUUUAUAUUAAUUUUACUCUGUUCUGUGUUUAUGAAUGAAUCUACAAGCUAAUAAGCUAACUAGGAGGUGAUUUGGAAUAGGGCAAGCUGUAUUCAUUAAUUAAUAUAACUUAAAUUCGCAUAUAUUGUGAUUUCAUGAAAUUGUGGCCUCGAUGCAGCAACACUUUAUGAAUCCUCAUUAAAGCUUACUCACAAUGACUUUGCCAACCACAGUAAAGAAAAUUGUAGACUUCUGCUCAUAUUACCAGGGAUUAAUUGUGAAUACAGGUAGAGCAGAGUAGGGCCUAUGUUUUAAACGUAUAGGCCUACUGUUAACAGGUCUUGUUUGUGUCCUCUUAAAUGUAUGUAUCUCGGAUGAAGGUCAUUUUCAUACUUAAUCAGGUUCAGCAUAAAACCUAUGAUUUUUUGUUUUCCCAUCUUGGCGAAAAAAAAUCUUUUGUUUUGGUCAUUGCUUGUUUAAUGUGUGAUCAAUGUGUAGUCAAUGUAUAGUGAAAGACAUUUAAU